AUGUCCGCUCUUCAUGCAGUUCCUACCGAUACCUUCGGCAUACAGCAACCUGUCGCUGCGACCCAAGGCCCCAAAUAUGUUAGAGAGGACAGUGCAGCCACAGAUAGUGAUGGAUCGAUAGAGCAAAUUCGAGAAGAGGUGGAGUACGAGGAGGGUGACGCUCAAGACAAAGAGGAUGUUGAUGAAUCAGUGAAAGAGGAUAUGAGAAAACUCGAGGACACAUUCCCCGGCAUAUCUGAUAGAUUUCGGCUGUUGAAUAGAAUCGGAGAAGGUACCUUUUCCACCGUGUACAAAGCAGAGGACCUCUUGUACGACCACUAUGAAAACGACUGGGACACUUUCCAAGGCAAUCACACGGACAGUUGGACGGACCAACCGUCUAAAAGACGCCGGGUGGAAGGUGAUAACGGCCGCUCGAUUCCAGUCAAACGAAGGAAGCCACGGUUCGUUGCAUUGAAAAAGAUCUAUGUGACUAGUAGUCCCCAUCGCAUUCAAAAUGAACUUGAGCUGCUACAUGAUCUUCGGGGUUGCCGAUCAGUAUGCCCGUUAAUCACGGCUUUCCGCUACCAGGAUCAAGUUGUGGCCGUUCUACCCUUCUUCCCACACACCGACUUUCGCAUUCAGUAUCGCACAUUCCUGGUUGCUGAUAUGCGACAUUAUUUCCGGUCACUGUUCACUGCACUGCACUCCGUCCAUAAACAUAACAUUCUCCAUCGCGAUAUCAAGCCAACUAAUUUCCUCUAUAAUCCUGAUCUUCGAGAAGGCGUGUUAGUCGAUUUCGGGCUUGCAGAACGUGAGGGUUCUGAGUACACAGGUACCUGCCUCACUCAUUGUUCACCGACGACAUUAUCAGCUGGCUAUCCUAAGAACGACUCACGACCAUCAAGGCGCGCUAAUCGAGCAGGAACGCGUGGGUUUCGUGCACCUGAAGUCCUCUUCAAGUGCACUUCUCAGACAACCAAAAUAGAUAUGUGGUCCGCCGGCGUCAUUCUCUUGACCCUACUUGGACGCCGCUUUCCUUUUUUUAACUCCGCUGAUGAUGUUGACGCUAUGAUUGAGAUGGCGAGUAUCUUCGGCACUCGACGCAUGAAAGCUGCUGCAGCCAUGCAUGGGCAGAUAUUCGAAACAAAUAUCCCGACCAUCGGUGAAAAGGGGUAUAGCUGGGAGAAACUUGUGAAAUGGGCCAGCUGUGUCGAAGAGCUAACUGAAAGUGAGAAACAGGCCACUCGAUUACUGGCUGGCCUCAUGGAGCUGGAUCCCUACAAGCGCCUUAGUGCCAAGGAAGCCCUACAACAUGAGUUUUUCACUGACCCUAUAGACCAUGAUGUGGAGUGGGGAGGGGACCCCGACGAUAGCGCAGACACUGGGGAAGAAGAUGAGGAUAAGGAUGAUGGAGAAGCGGACGAAGUAGCAAUGAUAUAG